GCAUGUAUUCACGAGUGAUCUUCAAGGCGGUAACUGUCACUUGUCGCAGUCGUGUCCGUGUUUGCGACUCGAGCGCAUGUUAUCGAUCUAUCCCGACGAAAUGUCGAAUCGAUAAAAUCAAUCGAUUAUUAAAUGAUAUGAUAUAAUAAUUUGAUCUUAUUCUAUUUGUACCAGUGCAUAAUCCUAGUGUAGUUUCAAUUCGUUUCGUGUAUCGAGAUAUCGAUUUUAAAUUCAAGUUGUGAUCGGUAAUCCGUGAAGUGAAUGGUGUCCUUUUGUAAGAUGCGGGAAUUCCUGAUUCUCCUGGUGGCGGUGGUGGCGCUGGCCGGUGCUGCCGACCUGCGCCCCACUUGCAGUAAGCCCGUCUACUGCGAGAGCGAACUCCUCCAUCGAGUCCAAAUGGCCAGGCUCUUCAACGACUCCAAAACCUUCGUCGACCUCCAAAUGAAUUACGAUCAAAACCAAACAUUACGUGAUUUUGAAACAUUACUAAAUGAUACGAACCAAGACCCGUCAAGAGAACAAUUGAGAGAAUUUGUUGACAAAUACUUCUCAGAUGAAGGUGAACUCGAAGAGUGGACUCCACCGGAUUUUAGUAAAGAUCCUAAAUUCAUAUAUACUAUAAAAGAUAAAGCCUUAAGAGAGUUCGCUAAAAACAUCAACGAUAUUUGGCCACUCCUUGCCCGAAAAGUCAAAGAUGAGGUGAUUCAAAACCCUGAUCGUUAUAGUUUGGUCCCUAUUACCCACGGAUUCAUCAUCCCUGGAGGACGGUUCACGGAGAUCUAUUACUGGGAUACUUUCUGGAUUAUCGAAGGUCUCCUGAUAAGUGGAAUGCAAGAAACCGCUAAAGGAAUUAUUGAAAAUCUGAUAGAGCUUUUGAAUUUGUUUGGUCACAUUCCCAAUGGUAGCAGAUGGUAUUAUCAAGAACGCAGUCAACCGCCAAUGUUGACAGCUAUGGUUGCUACUUACUACCAAUACACUAACGACACGGAGUUCCUGAAAAACAAUAUCGCAUAUUUAGAAAAGGAAAUGGACUUCUGGUUGGAUGAAAGAUCAGUGUCUGUCGACAAAGAAGGUAGUAGCCACAAACUGCUCAGAUACUUUGCUCUCAGCUCAGGUCCAAGACCUGAAUCGUAUUAUGAAGAUUACGAAAACGCAGUAGAUUUCGAUGAAGAACGUCGCACAGACUUCUAUGUCGAUAUUAAGAGUGCAGCUGAGAGUGGUUGGGACUUCUCGACGCGAUGGUUCGUCAGCAAUGAUGGCAGCAACAACGGAACUUUAAGAGACAUUCACACCAGAUACGUCGUCCCUGUUGAUUUAAACGCCAUAUUUGCCGGUGCUCUCCAGAACGUGGCAAACUUCCAUGCCAUUUUGAUGAACCCUCGUAAAGCCGCCACGUAUGGCCAAUUAGCCCAACAGUGGAGAGAUGCCAUUCAGGCCAUUUUGUGGAAUGAGGAAGAUGGAAUGUGGUAUGAUUAUGAUAUCAGAGACAAGUUACAUCGCAAAUAUUUCUACUCGUCUAACGUCUCCCCGUUGUGGCAACAUGCUGUUGAUCCCAAUAUAGUGAAAGCAAAUGGGGACAGAAUUCUGAACAGUCUUAAGCAAUCUGGCGGUUUAGACUUCCCUGGCGGAGUGCCCACAUCCCUCAUCAGGAGUGGAGAGCAGUGGGACUUCCCUAACGUAUGGCCACCAGAAGUGAGUAUUGUAGUUAACGCCAUUGAAAACAUAGGAACGCCUGAGGCGAGUGUGCUGGCUUUUGAAACUGCACAAACGUUUGUUAGGUCUUGCCACUGGGGCUUCCAAGAAUACAAACAGAUGUUUGAGAAGUAUGAUGCAGAGAAUCCUGGCAAGUUCGGAGGAGGUGGCGAAUACAACGUGCAGUUUGGUUUCGGAUGGAGCAACGGUGCAGUGCUAGAGUUUAUGAAGAAAUAUGGAGAAGGUUUGACUGCAGACGACUCUAAUGACUUAGGUACUACUACUACUGUAUCUCCCUCCGACAACGGCGAUCCUUCGAACAAUACCGCAUGACUAGGCGUGGGUGUAGUAAAUAACUUUUUAAUUUUUCUAUCAGCGUUCAAAAUAUUGUUUGAUAUUCAUAAUAACUGAAGGUUGUGACUAUAUAUAAUAAAUUAGCUAAUAAAGUGCCAUAAGGACAUAAAAUGUCUGAAACAAACACAAUGGUACAAGUAUUGUCAACUAAAUAUAUAAGUAAAAUAUUGUGAUAGCGUCCUUAUAAUCUAAUUAGUGACAGAUUUUAAUAAAAUUACAAACACAACCAAAUCAGAGAUACCUAAAAGCUAGGAAACUAUGACGCAGUAUACCUAUAAAUGUAAAAUAAUUUAAUGUUGAGUCAAUUGGUGUGUUAUACAUACAUAUAUUGCCACACCAACCAUAAUAAUUAUUAUGUUAUCGGCUUACUCAUGUAACUAUUUGACGAGGAACUCGACUAGUUUCGACAAUCGCCGCGUCGCGUCGUAUUGUAUAUCGCGGAAUGCUGCUCAUGAAUAUGAACCUCUGUCAUGGCUUGAAACUAGUCGAGUUCCUCUUCAAAUAGUUACGUGAGUAAGACGAUAUCUUAGUAAUUAAUUAAGUGUGCCUAACGAAAGUUGUAAUAAAACAUAAUGAUUAUGUUUUAUGACUGCAGUAGAACAUUUUACUGAGAUGCAAUUUUAUUAACCCCUUGGCUGUCGUGGCCAUUUUGAUUUAAAUAGUUCAUCUGUGGAACACCAGGGGCUUAAUAUCUUCAGGGUCUUCAAACGAAGUUCCUUGCUAGUACCUUAAAGGUAUAUCAGGGUACAAAUACAUAAAUGUGUUACCUAUUAUAUUAAUUUAUAUACAAUAUACAACUUUAUAAGUAGGCAUUUAUAACUUAUUUAAUUUAAUGAAACAAAAUGUGUAUCAUAAGUCCUUACCUAUUUACCUUAAACAGUUACCAAUGUAAAUACAUUUAAGAUUAUUGUUUUAAUUACAAUUUUGUUGCUAAGUUAAAUAUUUUAUUGAAUAUUUUAUUUAAUAGUGUUAACUUUAUCUGGAACCUUUCAGUAGUAACUUUAAGUGGGUAUUUGUAUCUCAUGGUACAUAAGUAUAAACUUUUUUUUCUUCUGAUAACUCAGUUUCCAAUGUUGUCGACUAUACUGCCAAAGUAUAAACUUAAAUUCGAAACUAACUAAUGGCCAUACUCAGAAUCAUUUAAUGGUUACUUAACCCAGACCUUAGCUAUUGUUUUCUACACAAAAUUGUUACUAAGGAAUAGUUUUAGUAAUCAUUAAAUGACUUUGAGUAUGGUAGUAAGUAAUAAAAUGGCAAAAGUUAAGUCAGGGCGAUCUUAUUCUACACUAACGCCAUCUGCGAACGCUAUAGACAAUCUAAAUGAAUCAAAAAGUCUUAGUACAAUAUUUGAUAGUAACUUUGACUAUGAAUAAAAAAGACCGACUGAAAGAUUCUUCGUAUAUUAAGUAAAAUAUUCGAUAUAAGUAAUUAUAUUUUUUGUCCUUAAGUUUGUCCGUUUCAAAUAUAAUACUAAUAAUAAUUUAUUCUAUAUGUUUACCUGUAUUAUUAUAGUUGUUAUGUUGAUGCUAUUUUAAUGUGCUGUAAAGCUUUUAAAACCUGUUGUAUGUUACAUAUUUAAUUAGAAUAAUGUUUUUUUUAAAUGGCCAGAUCCACCAUAUUAUAAUCGAUAUUAUCGCGUUCGGCGUUCUGAUUGGCCGGCUACAAUGAACCAACCAAUCAAAGGCCUAAACGCAGUAAUGUUUCGAUUUCAUUACUCGUACUGAGUCCUCAGGUGCAAUACAAUGUAUGGGAAAUUAAUUUAUAGAUUAUAAUACGGCUACUAGCACUGAUUGGCUAAUAUCACGGACCAUUUACCUAUGUUUACCAGUUCGUAACUAUAUGACAAACAACAUUGUACCUAAAGGUUUGUUGUUAAAGUGUUUUAUUGUUUGACUCGGAAGGUCCCUUUACUUUGAAACAUGUAGGGUUGUCCUAUAUUAUAAUAUAAUAUUAUGUUUCAGUUAAUUACGCCUGUUGAUAGAUAUAUUAUAUAGAGUUUGUUCAAAUAACUACCAAUGUGUUAUAUAAAGGCUGUGUCUAAAGUA